AUGUGGCGUGGCAAAGGAUCUGUUCGAUUGUUUGUCAUUCAAAAUUGUUCGUUGAGCCACAAAUCUAAGGGACAAGCUAACUCCAAGAGGGACGAAGCCGAUGUUUUUUUCCAUCCCUCACAAACGGAAUGCAAUGAUAAGGACAACUCUCGAAAGCUAUCUAUGUAUGAUUACGAAAAAUAUAAAAAAACUACGCUAAAUUGGAUAAUUCCAAUAAAUGGGUACUCACAACCGGAACCGUUGUGGAAGACGCUCUUUAUAAUUUCGGCCUAUGUUGUAAAUAUGAACAGUAAUCUUGCUCAUUCGUUUAUCUUGGACCCUGACGAUGAUACUUACUUGAAGGAAAAUGUAUUCACUGAAAGUGAAUUACGCGAAAUUCGCCAUUUUCAAGUCAAGAAAACGCCAUUGAUGCCUCCUGACUUGACUAAGUAUCUAAAUAGCUUCAACCUUGAAACUGCUUCAGAAAUUCGGAAACAAAUCUUUAGUCCUGAUCAAAUGGAUCAAGACUUCAAUAGGUCAAGGGAUUUUGAUAGAGACAGGAUUCGAAAUACAAUAUAUAAUUUAUUGCUAGAAUAUGAAUCGAAUACUUUAACGACGGAUCACCUAGAACUUGAGAUACUCGUUCAUGUUUGGGGCUUCACCGAUAAAAUUUUUAAUGAUAUUGAGAAAAUGAAAUUGGUCAGAGGGGAUUCAUGUAGCCUGUCGUCAGAUAUAGAACUAGACGAUAUGAUUAUUCGUAAGAUAACAGCUGAGUUUGGGUGUGCAGAAGCAGGUCUACAAUUUGAGGAUGAAAAUGAUACGAAGCUGUUGCGUGAAAGAGGCCUUAAAAUGCCUAAAAUGAUGAAGGACAUGUUCAAACACCUAUGUGAAACUUUCAAUCAAGAUGAUCAUAAAACCCGCCAAUUGGAAACGAUUGGUAUCCUUCAUGCUGGGCUCAUGAUGGUACUUUUGCGCCUGGACUCACCAGCCGGAUAUGUGUGUCGUGUGUUACAAUCAAAAUCUUUUUCUAUCGCUACAAAUAUUAAAGAAUUCGUAAAGACAUUUCCUUUAAUUUCUUUGACAUGGAAGGCUAAAAAGAUUGUUGAAAAUAUGAUUAGUUUGAUCGAACAAACUAAUGAAACCGAUGAAAGUAGUGAAGAAGACCAAUUACGACGUUUACAGGAUGUCUACGAUAUUACACCACUACCAUCACGAAAAUGA